CCACCAAGAACGAAAAAAACAGGUGUUACGUAGUUGGAGGAACGAGUUUCACGUAUAUUUAGUUAAAAUACACUAUUUUCUUUAAGAUGUAGAGGCACAUUAGGCAAUACAAGAUCAUGAGGACUCGAAGUUGGAAGAACGGUUUCGGUUUCGUUAAAAGCUAGAACAACUGCGCCUCGGCUGCUUUUAUAGGAACUAGCCUAAUUACUGUCAUAUUUUUGUUGUUUGACGGUGAACUGAACAAAAGAUGGGUAAGGCAUUUUCAGCAUUGGGAAGAAAAGCUGGAAAACCUAUUCGUAAUUACAAUAUAGAGGAGCGAGCUCAUCGUGCGAUAAUGGAGAAGAAUCGUCCUAAAGCCCCAAGACAUGAAUCUACAGUAAGGCUGAUUGAGGACUCUGUUAGAAGUCUACCAGAAGAAAUUAAGGAAAAUCUAAAGGGAAAAGAUAAAGAGCUCUUGGAGAGACUCCGGACUGUUUAUGUCACAUCUAAGGAUGUAACACCUGAGAUAAAAAUAUCUUCAGAAACACCUAAUCGUCCCUUGCCUGUAGACAGAAAAACUAUGGAGGACCCAGAGUAUGGAUUUCAUGUGCCUGCAAGAGUUCCCUAUGGGAAGAUAACCCUUCGAGAUGCUUUACAAGCCAUAAGUAAACAUCAGGAAGAUCCUCAGUUAUGGACUGCCAAGAAGAUAUCUUAUGAGUACAAAAUUGAUUCAGGAUUAGCUGAGAAAAUGCUCACGUAUUUCCGAACGUUUAUUGUUGUGGUACCAAACAAAAAAGAGCAAAGGAUUACAGGAGAUGUGUUGAGAGACAGCCAAUUAAAAGCUCCAUUGUAUUUAAACCAGCUACCAAGUGGAACUCCAAGUGAAUCAAAAAGUGAAGAAAAAUCAUCAAAACCACCUCUGAAGAGUUGAAUAAAGCAUCUUUAGAUCUUCGAUAAUGUUAGCAAUUACUUUGUCUGAGAACAAGCAUGAUGACUCUGUUUCUGGUCAGUAUCCCUCAUCAUCAGUGGUAUCCAGUUUACAAUAUUCCAACAAAAUGCUGUUUCCAGGUGGUAACUAUAAAGCACAAAAGUAGUAAUGCUUGCUUAUACUUACAACAGUGUAUUGAUUUAAUAACCUUUGUCAUUUAUAUUGUGUAGAAGAUUUAACCAGUAUUCACAGUACAGUAGUUUUCAUGUGAAUGCUUCUCUUCAGGAAUGGCCCUUGGAUUUUGCACUGACAGAAAAGGUGUCUGUUACAUAUAAUUUAUUGUAGCAUUUAAAAAUGCUUUCUUCUGAUCAUGUAGAAAAUUUGACUUGAUAUUCAGCAUUGUUUAUUUAUAUUUUUUAGAUGUUUGAGUACAGAAUUCUACAGUUAUGGUUGCUGUAGUUUAUUCACUAAGACAGACCUGUAUAUAGUUGUUGUAAAAUUAUUUUGUUAAUUUAUUGUUUAUAAAAUA